AUGUCGGUUACUUUAACUAAAGAAUCGCAUACAAAUCCUGACAAAUUUAGAAUUAAAUUUAAUGACUCUCAAAGAGUUUUGGCAGCAGAUGCUAGUGAAAAAUUGAAAUUAACCAUAGAUGAAAAGUUACCACCUAUUCAUACUUCUUCCAAGGUUUCAAUUAUUGGUGCUGGAUUUGGAGGUAUUGGUACAGCAAUAAAUACCAUUGAAAAAUUAAAAGUUGAUGAUGUUGUCAUAUUUGAAAGACAUGAUAAUUUUGGUGGUACUUGGUAUGCUAAUACGUAUCCAGGUUGUGCUUCUGAUAUCCCUGCAAUUUGGUAUUCUUAUUCAUUUGCUUUAAAUUCAAAUUGGAGUAAAGUUCAACCACCACAAUACGAAAUGGAAGAAUAUCUUUUAAAAAUUACUGAUAAAUAUAAAUUAAAAGAAAAAGCUAAAUUUAAAACAAGUGUUGAUAAAUGUGUUUGGGAUGAAAAAUUAGGUAAAUGGAGAAUAUAUGCUCAUGAAAUAGAAUCUGGUCAAAGAAUUGAACAUUUAACUGAUAUAAUUUGUUCAUGUCAAGGUGGUUUAGUUUAUCCUGCUCAAUUACAAGCUGAAGGUCUAGAAAAUUUUAAAGGUAAUUAUAUGCAUUCAGCAUUAUGGGAUCAUUCAGUUAAUUUUAAAAAUAAAAAUGUUUUGGUUGUUGGUAAUGGCUGUUCUGCAAAUCAAAUUGUACCAGCAUUAUUAAACGAUCCAAAAUAUGAAGUUAAUAGUUUAACUCAGGUUUUUAGAUCAAAACAUUAUAUUAUGCCGCCGGUUCCAAAAGUUUUAUUAGUUUUAUAUCGUUUAUUAUCAUUUUCAACCAUUGGUUUGAUGUUAGUUAGAUGGUUAAUCAUUAUUGUUGCGGAAAUGAGAGUUCCAUUAUAUAAAGGCAAUGGUUUAUUAUCAAGAUUUGUUCGCUGGAUAAAUACAAGUGUAUCAGUUCACUAUAUGAAAUCAAAUUCACCAAAAGAAGUUCAUGAUUUAAUUGUACCAGAUUAUAAAAUUGGUUGUAAGAGAUUAAUUUUUGAUUAUAAAUAUGUGCCUGCAUUAAAUGAUCCAAGAAUAACAUUGACAAAUCACGGUAUCAAAGAAGUUGUUGAAGAUGGAGUUAUGCUAAAUGAUGGUACACAUGUUAAAGUAGAUAUAAUUGUUGCUUGUACUGGUUAUAACAUUCCAAAAUCAUAUUACAACUUACCUAUAAUCGGUAAAGAUGGUGUAAAUAUUGGUAAAGAUAUUUGGGAAAAAGAUGGUCCAAGUGCUUAUAGAACAUUAUUGGUUAAAAAUGCACCAAAUUUCUUCAUGAUUGCUGGUCCAAAUUCUGCAACUGGUCAUUCAUCUGUUGUUAUGGCAAUUGAAAAUGGUAUAGAUUAUUAUUUGAAAGUUGCAAAACCAAUACUUGAAGGUAAAAAGAAAUCAGUUGAAGUUAAACCACAAGUUUAUGAUCAUUGGUUUAAAACUAUACAAGCAGAAUUGAGAAAGUCUGUUUUUGGUACUCCAUUUGGUGGUUGUGUUUCUUGGUAUUCAGAUGAAAAAGUUAAUUCAACAGCUUAUGCUUGGUCUCAAUUACAUUAUUGGUAUAUAACACAUUUUCCGAAUUAUAACGAUUUAACAUAUACUUCGAUAGAAGAUAAAAAAAUUAAAUAA